GUCUUCUAGAUACAAUCAGGCGAAAAUUGAAAUAGAGUCAUGAUGCAGUUCAAUAUAGAUUUUGUUAUUUUUCUAUCAUUUCUUUCCUUGUUCAUUGCUGCAAGUAAUGCGAAACCAACACCGAUACAAACUGGCACGCCUGAUGAUGAAAUUUCUGCGGAGACAAGGCUAUCAGAUGAAAAGUUUGCUGAGAAUGAUACCGAUAGUGCUACUAAUGUCCCAAUUGUCCCUGAUGAUCAAGCUUCUGUUAGUCAAGAAGUGACAGUCCAAAAUUCUUCCAAAGAAUCUGAAACAUUGUCAGAUACUCUGGCAGUUUCUACAGCAGCAGCAGAAGACAGCUCAAAUCCAACUCUAAAUACUGAACAAAACUUAAAUACUCAAGCGGGUGUAAACAACAAUGAAAUUUCAAAUUCUAUAACUGCAAGCACUUCGAAGGAGCCUCUUCCAAGCAAUGAUGAUAGUGAUGAAGACUUGAAACCAUCUGAAAACUCAGAAAAGGAGGAUGCGGAGCCUGAUGAUAAUGACAAACAACCUGCUAAAGAAGCGUUCGAUAAAACUGAAACCAGCUCCAGUGAAUCCCCGCCAGAUCAAAGUAAAGCAGUUAUUAGUGAUAAUGGGGCCAAGACAUCUGUUGGCAUAGAUGACACUUCCAAUACAAAUUCUACCAAGGUUGAAACCAUUUCUGAACUUGAUGCAGAAACACCCAAUGGAAGUGAAACAAGCUCCAGCGAAACUGAUCAAAGUAAAGCAAUUACGGGUGAUGUGGGAGCUAUGGCAACUACUGAAGCGGAUGUAUUUCGCAAUACAAAUUUGACUGCUAAAGAAACUGCUUCUGACCCUGAUGCAGAAACAUCCAAUGAAAGUGAAACAAGCUCAAGCGAAACUGAGCUAGAUCAAAGUAAAGCAGGUGAAGGGAUUUCGACAUCUACUGAAGGAGAUGACAUUAGCGAUUCAGAUUCGACCAAGGAUAAAACUGAUUCUGACCCGGACGUAGCAACGUUCAAUGAAAGUGAAACAAGCUCCAGCGAAACUGUGCUAGAUGAAAUUAAAGCGGGUGAUGUUGACACCCCUAUUGAUGUAGAUACUAUUUCAGAUCCAACUAACCAAAAAACUAUUCCUGGGAAUGACAAAGAUACAUCUGAAAAAAGUGAGGCAAUUCCAUCUGAAGAAAAUGAACCAGUUUCUAAUGAUAGUACUUCACCUGAUGACCAAACUGAUUCGGACAUUGAAGUCGGAGAAAAUGAGGAUAUAGAUUUAGAUAGUGACACUGCCGCUAAUAAAGCAGAUGACGAUUACGAUGAACCUGAACCUGGUUACGACGAAGAUGAAUAUGAUGUUGAUUUGGAUAAAGGGGAUAUCGAAAUGGAAAUAGAUGAUGAAGAUGAUCUUCAGGAAGAAAACGGGGAAACAUAUGAAGAAUCAAAUAACCAUGAAACUAAUAUUUAUGAAGAUGAAGAAGAACAAAGUAAUAAACUUCCUGAUAUCCCGGAUAUGGAAGAACAAGGAGAAAGUCAUUUCUUUGCGUUUAUGUUAACUGCAAUGUUCUGCACAGCAGCAUUAUAUUUAUUAUAUCAUAAUAAAAGAAAGGUCAUUGCGUUGGUAUUGCCUGGCAGUCAACGGAGGACUGGAAUGCGUCACCGUGGUGGUUAUAAGUCAAACUAUGAACGACUUGAAAACAAACCUGAUGGGAAAACGUACGUUUUUUGAUUGAAGCGCCUACAUUUACACAUCUUAGACAUAUAAUUUCUCAAUUGCUCUCCUGGCAAAAGUGUGUGGCUCAAUGAACCUCAAUGCAGUUCCAGAUACGCUUCUUUGUUUGUUGCCUUACUAUUUAUUAUAUACUACGGGCGUCAAUAAAUUUUAUUCAUUGUCAAAUACUAUACUUUGAAGCCAGUAUGGUCUUUGAUGCUUUAUUCAUUUAUCCUUUUGAUUAUCUGUGCAUUUUAUAGUGUUAACACUAUUAUGGAAAAAUAUGAGAUGGUACAGAUAUUAUAAUUAGAUUGUUUAAAAGUUGUUUGACUUCUUGCUUAGCAAGUCUAUAGUUCUCUAGUAACUUUGUAUAACUUUUAGAUAAGCUAAUAACAUGUUAAUUUGUUUAUUAAUAUGUGCCAUUUCAUGUAUUUCUUUGAAAUCCUAAAUCAACUUUUAUUUCUAAGCUCAGCUUCUCAAUUGUGAAUGUCAUACCGGUACAAAGGCUUAAUUUUUGCCCAGUGGUUUGGUUAUAGGCAGUAUGGCUAUACCUUGUUAUUUAUUGUCUUUAUUUACAGUUAUUUUACCAUAUUUCUUCAUGUCAUGUACCGCACUGUACUUGUUAUUUUUGCCUUGUUUUUGGCCGUGUUGUAUCACAAGAAUAGGGCAUUUAAAAUAUUACUUUCAGAAACAAAACUAAUUUUAAUAUGUAAUUCAGUGGUUAUCAAACUUCCAUUAUCUGUGGCUCCUUACAAAGACUCAAACAUUUGUGUUAUCCUGCUCCUAGAUACCUAGAUUCAUUUUCAAUGCAUUUCCAUUAGUUAUUACAUGCUUAAUAAUAAAAAAGCCAACACAUGAAAGGGAAAGAGUAAAUGCAUUACAGUCAAUUUAAAUUUAUAAAGCCAUAAUGAGUUAUACUUGGCGAAGGU